AGCUUGGAAGAGAAUGUAGCUUCGACUCCUAGAGGCUUCAGUGCUAAAGCAAGUUUCUAGCAUAAGAACAUAGAACACACGACGUAAAAAUACUUACACAAAGCAGUAGUUUUUAUUUCGCAACAUGGUUACACACGAACCUAUUUAGUUCAACAAGAAGAACAACAUCAAGAUCAACAAAAUGACGACGUUAUCUCUCUCCUCCUGUGAGUCGCAUGGCAUGCCUGUGAUGCAGGACGUAAGGUUGAUGGGCGAAUACGAGGAGAAAAGUGCCCAGAAUUGCGAUUUCUAUAUGCACCCCGAAUUGGCACAGCGUCAUUUUGCUUGCCGCACAGGGUUGUCCAGGGAACAUGCCAAAGAAGUGCAGAGACAAGUUAAUUUUAAGAAGUGUUCUUGUACUAGAAGUAGUUUAUCAUCUCGGUAAGCAUCCUUGAGUUCUUUGAGGACCUGGUGGACGAGAGGCAUCUUCGACCUGGUGGAACUACAUGCAUGCCUCUGCUAUAACUAACUAAUGGAGAACUACGUACAAAGAUUGUUAUAUAUGCGACGCAAUACUUAAACAAAGCAGUUCAAUACAGGGGGGGGGAGGGGGGGCCGUUCGGCCCUGAGUCAUAUAUAAAUAUACGUAAACUCCUUGAGCAAGAUGAAAGAUGACUCGUACUAUAGAGGAUACUUUCCAGAUGAACCAUGUUACAUGACGUUGUCUCAUACUUUCCAGAUGAGUCAUGUACUAGGUCUCUCCCUAUGGACUAUCUCUCGCGUUAAAGAUUAGGCCAUGAACUUAUCUCUACGGGCACUAGGGACGGUGCUAUCAGGGACUCGCGGCACAUACUUACAUGAUGUACUAGUUUUAGGCAGCUACAGAGAGAUGCAGCCGAGAGUUGUGGGCAUCCGAUCUCUAAGAAUCCUGCACUAUCUUCGUCCAGCGGUCUUCUGAAAACAGGUUCCUCCAGUUCCUGGUACGGAAAAGGUAACAGUCGGGACCAUCCAUACGACGAUGACGAGUACAUCCCUCGCCAACGAGGCUCUGACGACUAUGGGAGUUCUUCAUACCGAUCGAGGAGCGUGGGCGACAACGACUCUUCAUAUUUAUGAUGAGCAUAUAUACUGUUUUUCAUUUGCUGUAAAAAGAAUGUCAACUACCCUUUGGUCUUCCUCGGUCUAUCCCACUAUUAUGAUAAGCAUAUAUGCUGCUUGAUGUUUUUUUGUUCAGUUGUCUCAACCUACCACCGCCAUCACCUCUAACCCUACAAGGGGAAAAGUAUCGUCUCGAUUACUGCACCAGA